AGUCGGUUUGGGGCACAAACGCGGCCAACGGUCCGGAAUCACAACGGUCAAAACCGCUCGACCACGUUAACGGCGUCGUCCUUCCCUCCCUGCCCCCUUCCCCCCCCCUCCUAAGACCGACCCCGAUUCUCCCCGGUGUCCCCCCCUCUCACCAGCCGGUAGGGAGGAGGGGGGGGUCCACAGCGUGGCCGUGACAGCGUAGAACCGACCGGCAUGGACCCCCGAGCGAAGCCUCGAGCCGGCCCGCUGUCGGGGGGCUUCGGCGGGCGUCCGGCCUCCCUGGGAGCCGACGGGGGGGACUCGGAGUCCGGGGCCGGCUCGGAGGAGGCCGGCGUGGGCUUCGGCGACACGUUCAGCAGCCUGCCCGACAUGGAGCAGGAGAGCCUGGAGGAGAAGCUGCGAGGGUUGGCGUUCAGAAAGCAGACGUCGUACCGGAAAGCCAUCUCCCGCUCCGGCCUCCAGCACCUCGGCCCGCCUCAAGCCUCCCCACCGCCGGCGUCCAACGGGCCCAACAAGCAGCUCCGUACCUGCAUGGACUGGACGGAGAGCGCGCUGAACGGGGAUCACCUGUGGAUGGAGACGAGCUGUUCGGGCGAUCUCUGCUAUCUGGGAGAGGACAGCUGCCUGCUGAAGGCCGCUAAGUCGGCCCCCCGGAGGAAAUGUGCAGCCUGUAAGAUCGUUGUUCACUCUGGGUGCAUAGAGCAACUGGAAAAGAUUAACUUCCGAUGUAAGCCGACCUACAGGGAGGGAGGAUCCCGCUGCAUGCGAGAUCAGAACGCACUGAGACAUCACUGGGUUCACAGAAGAAGACAGGAGGGGAAAUGUAGGCAGUGUGGAAAGAGUUUUCAGCAGAAGUUCUUCCACAGUAAAGAAAUAAUCGCCAUCAGUUGUUCCUGGUGUAAACAAGCGUUCCACAACAAGGUGACGUGUUUCAUGCUGCACCAGAUCGAGGAGCCGUGCUCACUGGGGGCCCACGCUGGAGUCAUAGUGCCCCCCUCCUGGAUCAUCAAAGUCAGGAAACCACAGAGCUCACUUAAGAACUCUGCCAGGAGAAAAAAGCGGACAUCGUUUAAACGAAGGACAAGCAAGAAGGGACUUGAUGAGUCUAAAUGGCGUCCGUUCAUGCUGAAGCCUCUUCCUUCACCUCUCAUGAAGCCCAUCUUGGUCUUCGUCAAUCCCAAGAGCGGCGGCAACCAGGGUGCCAAGGUGUUGCAGAUGUUCAUGUGGAUCCUGAACCCUCGGCAGGUGUUCGACCUGUCACAGGGCGGCCUGCGAGAGGCGUUGGAGUUGUAUCGCAAAGUGCCAAAUCUGCGCAUCCUCGCCUGCGGGGGGGACGGCACGGUGGGCUGGAUCCUGUCCACUCUGGACGAGCUGCAGAUGAACCCACAGCCUCCGGUGGCGGUUCUUCCUCUGGGAACAGGAAACGACCUCGCCAGGACGCUCAACUGGGGCGGGGGUUACACGGACGAGCCGGUGUCCAAGGUGCUUUGCCACGUGGAGGACGGCUCGGUGGUGCAGCUGGACAGGUGGAACCUGCACGUGGAGAAAGGUGCCGAUCAGCCGGAGGAGGGAACACAGAAGCUGCCUCUCAACGUGUUCAACAACUACUUCAGCCUGGGCUUCGAUGCUCAUGUCACGCUGGAGUUCCACGAGUCCAGAGAGGCCAACCCGGAGAAGUUUAACAGUCGCUUCCGCAACAAGAUGUUCUACGCAGGAGCCGCCUUCUCAGAUUUCCUCCAGAGGAGCUCGAGGGAUUUGUCCAAGCACGUCCGGGUGGUGUGCGAUGGAACCGAUCUAACUCCUAAGAUCCAGGAGCUGAAGUUCCAGUGCAUUGUGUUCCUAAACAUUCCCAGGUACUGUGCUGGCACCAUGCCGUGGGGAAACACGGGCGACCACCGGGACUUUGAGCCGCAGCGCCACGACGACGGCUGCAUCGAGGUCAUCGGCUUCACCGUGGCCUCGCUGGCGGCGCUGCAGGUCGGAGGUCACGGAGAGCGGUUGCACCAGUGCAGAGAAGUCGUCCUCACUACCUUCAAGACCGUACCUGUUCAGGUGGACGGUGAACCGUGCCGACUGGCUCCCUCCACCCUCCGCAUCUGCCUCCGAAAUCAGGCCAAUAUGGUCCAGAAGAGCAAGAGACGCACCUCUGUGCCCCUGCUCAACGAUAUUCAGAAGGUGUGUGCAGCUGAUCUGCGCCGCCUCUCUGCCCCCCCCGACUCCUUCUCUGUUCCUCACGCGGUUCCAGACCGCCUGCGUCUCCGCGUGAACCGGAUCAGCCUCCACGAGUACGACAAACUGCAGUACGACAAGGAGCGGCUACGAGACAUCUCCAUCCCAGUAGGCAUCGUGGUGGUGAGGGGGGACUGUGACCUGGAGACGUGCAGACUCUACAUUGACAGAUUACAAGAGGAUUUACUCCAGGCGCCAUCUACUGGCCACAGGGUGCACUACCAGGACGAGAGCCGAGGCGUCCCGAGGACGGGUUCGAGCGGCAGACUCUCCUCCAGCUGGAGCUUCUUGGACUCCACGUCAGCUGACCGCUUCUACCGCAUCGAUAAGGCUCAGGAGCACCUCCACUUUGUGACUGAGAUCUGUCAGGACGAGGUGUUCAUCCUGGACCACGAGGGCCCGGCGGUGAGCCAGGGAGCGUCCACGGCGAUGCCGGAUGUGGUGGUGGAGCCGACCUCCGGUGUUUCUCUGACAUCCGACGAACAAGCUCUGCUGACGGCUGCCGGCACAGGAGAUCUGUCCACGCUGUCGGAGUGUGUGCGUCGAGGCGUCAGCCUGCUGGUCAGAGACUCCAGAGGUUGUUCGGCGCUGCACGUCUCCGCCCAGAAGGGACACGCCGAGCUGCUCGGCUUCAUCCUGCAGCCGGGCUCUAAAGUGCUUCUGGAUUUGACCGACAGAGAGAAAGGGGACACUGCCUUGCACAAAGCAGCCUCGGAGAAGCACCACGCCGCGUGUCGGUUGCUGGUGGGAGCCGGGGCGUCACUCGAAAAGACCAACUUUCAGGGGAAGACGCCGGCGGACGUAGCGAAGGGAGACUCUGAGCUCGUCACCUUCCUGAGCACCAAACAACACACAUCUACCACACAAGAAGACUUGGAGACGGCUGUCUGAGGCGCACACACACACACACACACACACAGUCUCUCGGCCUCCCUGGACUCGCACACACUCUCAGCGGAGACGCUCGUCUCCGCAGAGGAGAGACAAACUGCUUCGGAGAUUUGAAUGGUCAACUUAAUUAUUUGUAUUUAUUUAUUCCUAUUCUAUUUAUUGUUUGAGGGUGAAAGUGCACUUUGAGCGGUUUGGGAGACGAACUCGUGGAGGCGCGUUUUUUUCUUUUUAGUCACAAUACAUAUUUUUAGAAACUGUAAGUAAAUGUGUUCGAUAAGCAUUUAGAAAACUAUAUAAAAUAUUUGAAAAAGAGACCGUUUUAUAUAUGACGUUUAUCCCAUGAAACCUGUGUGCCAAAGACAUUACAUGGAUGUAGUCACGAAUCUCUGCCUUCAUACUGCGUAACGCCGCGCGUCAAGUUUCAACAUGCCCUCACAAAAGAAGGGAGCAAAGUUUUUACAUUCUUUGAAUCAGUGCGUCGUGUCGCUUCUCGCUUAUACACUUAAAUAAAAAAUACAAUAAAUAACAACAACAGAAUCCCCAUUCAGCUGACAACAAAACAGGUCAAAUAGAUGAUAAAAAUAGCAAAAAUGUGUUUUUUUCUGCUGACUAAAACAAUCCCUCUUCCCUAGAUCACCGAGGGGAGUAAAAGAACCUUUAACUCUGGAGAAUAUGUGUAUUUUAUAAGGAGCAUUUUGUGAUUCGUUCCCUCUUCACUCCACCAGUUUGUAUUGACGUGUUUCGAGGAAAAGACUCACCAACCAGCGUCACACAAACACAUCUUUAACCUCUCAUUGCAUCUGGUACUCCUGACCCGACAAGGCUGUGUGUGUGUGUGUGCGUGUGUGUGCGUGUGUGUGUGUGUGUGUGUGUGUGUGUGUGUGAUACAAUUCGUCAUUCCAAAUCUAACCCAAAGGGAGAAUCAGUUAAGCUGCAACAGGAACCGUCUUGUUUCUGCUCUCUGUGCAGAACGUCGGUAACUACAGACCGUGUGUGUGUGUGUGCGUGUGUGUGCAUGUCUGUGCGUGUUGCAGCAUUUUUCCCAGAAGAAGAUACAAAUCUGAGCCAUAUUCAAUGCAAUAUGAAUCGAUGACAUCUUUUGCAUUUCUAUAUUAACCGUUUACAUUACAUUAAUGUUGUGAACAUUUAGCACCGAGGAGUAUUGAAUGUGCGUUUUACUUCACAGCUGGUUGGUCACAUGAUUGUCCUGUUGUUUUAUUUUGUGUGCAUGUACAUGGAUUGAGCUUUUAAAACCACCCUGCGAGGUCUCUUUUGAUAUAACCUGUUGUAAGCUAAAUUCACAUAAAACGCAAGAACCGCUUUCCCCAAAGUGCUCGAGGGACGUGGAAUUAUUUUAAAAGUGUCGUCGUAGAAGUCUGACGUUGGAAAAUCCCGUUGUUUCCACUCGGAGUGUUUUCAUGAGUCAUUGAUGACGGCUUAUGAGUCCUUCACCAUUCAAACAAACACACGGGAGGUUUUAUUUACAGCAUCUGACUAGAUUUGAAAACUUUUUCUCGUAGGGAAACGAGUGACUAAUGUCAGAAACAUUUCUCCACCGAUCUUAAAGUUGAAUUUACUUCCUUCCCGAUCUGUGAAAACAGAGAAACCACAUUUCAGGCCUCUCGUCUCUUGUCUUCCACAAGCGUUGCUGCGCAGGACUCGUGCGAUGGCUACGCGUGUCCCUCCGUCCCGCGGACAGGAAGCGUGCGUGGACGACACACUCGUUGCUCUUUCUUUUGAGGAGAAACUCUCUGUCGGAUUGUCUCUCAUCAGCGUUCCUUUAUGCAUGGCGUUCUCUUACCUCCUUGGGACUCUUUUAUGCUAAUGGAAUAAAAGACGGCAUUAUUGUUGUUUUACACUAUUUAAUUAUUAUAGUUUUAAAUCAGUUUUCCUCUUUGGUUGGAUGUGUAGUUUUUCUUUGCUUUUGUAUUUCAUAUUUUUCUGCUUCUGAUGAUGAUGAUGCUGAUGAUGAUGAUGAUGGGAUUACUUGAAGUUUGUUGUUUUAUUUUAUUCAUUUGUUAAAAGAAGAUGUGAUGCUGUUUUUGCCUCUGACAUUAUUUCCUGUUUGUUCCGAGUCAGAAAAUAUCUUAACUGUGUUUCCUCUUCAGCCAAAAACAUUGAUUUUAAACCGGGACCCAACUGCCGAUGUGAUGAGGUCGCUCUUCGAUGCUCAUUGAUGCUCUUCGCUGCAACGACCCGGAGUGUUUAGUUACGUCCUUAGUUCAUCUGCUGCAUCAUAUCUGCAAACUGACUAAAACAUUAAAAACGUCAAAUACAUCAGCUAGAUAUUUGGGUCCACAGCCGGGCUACUUUGAGCUAAAUGCUAACGGCGGCGUGCGAAUAUGCUAAACAUGUUCACCAUCUUCCUUUAGCGUGUUAGCGUGCUAUUGUCAUGUGGUCUGCGGGCAUUCAUCCUCUGGAGAGCAUGAAUGUCUGUGUUUAAUUCUCACAUCAGUUUAUCAAAUGGUUUUUUCAGUCUGGAUUCACAAUCUUUUUCUGUGUUUUUUGCUGGUAUCAGAUGAUCAGGACCAAAAAUUAGAUCAUUUUAUCGCAAACACUAAGAAACACAUUUGUCAUCAUUGAGCGUUUUUACAGGAAGCUACACAGAAAUUCUGAAUACAAAUAAAAAGAUCCACUCAGACCUCUUAGAUUAAAUAGAUAUGAAUCUUCUUUUCAUAUCGUCAGACGUGUUGAAUGUUUCCCAAUUUCUGUGUGUGUUUUUUGACCGAAGGAGAAGAUGAUCGGUCAAUAACUCCGACUGAAGGUUUUAAGUUAAACUGCUGGAUGUAUUUUAUUAAACCGUCGCCGACUGUUGGUUACGUUAAAAAUAAGAUUUAAUGAGAUUACAUUACAGGCUCCACAGAGCACAGAAUCGAUCCGGGUCAAAGUUACACUUUUUGUUAUCUAUUAACUCUGAGGUAUAUUAUUAUAAUUAUUAUCGGUCUUUGAAACAGGGUGUGGUGGUCUUAUCACUCCCUGAACUGCCCGUCAAAUGAAACCAGUUGAGUCUCUUCUUCCAGACAUUUUCCUGCUCGAUAAACCCAAACCUGAUUACAAACACUUGUUCACUCUUUCUUGAACUCUCACACGAAUAACUGUGGCGAAUAACUUCCUGAAUGUGACGCCACGCCGGCGCAUUCCUCAGGUGGUCGAUGAGUUCAGCGCGACCUUCUGCGUCUCACCUGGAAACAAAGAAACCUGCGGAGGCCCGAAGACACUCAAGGACUUUUGUUUUUUUUCACCACUUGAAGGAGUUCUGGUCCCAGUUGGGUCGAGUUAUGUCAGUUGUUGUUUCCUCAUUUUGAGUUUACAUCUUCUAACUUUGACUUUUCAUGUCAUAAUUUGGGCUUCGGCUCAUAAUUCUAAGCGUGUAAACCAAAAUGAUCAUGGCUUCUCCUGUGGUCUUUACUGGUUGAAAUGGGUCCUGCGGUGUCUUAUUGAUCCGCGGAUUCCAACCUUCACUUGUGACACCUUAAAAAGACGCAUUGUCUGACAAAUAAACCUGUGCGUUUGAAUUAACAAGCUAAAAUGCUACACUGGCAUCAACGUUCUUUUGGGUUAAUGUGUAACAUGAUGAGUCAUGUAGGCGUGUUGGACUCAUGUGCUCCUUUAUUUCCCCUCACGAAUCAGCCUUCAGUCAGAAAAUAUUUAGAAAUGCAUCACUUCUUGGAAAGAGAGGGGGAAUUGUAUGUUGUCUCAUCCCUUUUUAGAUGUUUGUGAAGCCGUGGUAGAUUAUUUUCUAAGGGGCCCAACCUUUUAAUAUUUUAACGGCAGCUUCCUCUUUCUUAAUGUAGGUUACAUGUAACAUUUCCCCUUUUGUUUUUCUGGUUAACACUACUGCCCCAAUGAAAAUAUUUAUGUUGUGAUGUUGAACAAGGCUGUGGCACUACUGACACACCAUUCAAAGCAAAACAAAAACUGACUUUGUGGUUUCACAAAAGAAAAUCCCCACCUAUUUAUUUCGGGAUGAACUUUUGUGGACUUGUAAAAGUUCAAGACGCAAAAAGUGUGCAUGUACGUAUUUUGCGAGGCAUAACGACAAAGCAUGCCAGACUGUACAGUUGUAACAACAUUUGAGUAAUCUUAUCAUUUUAGAAUAAAUAAAAGCUGAAGUGUUUUGCUGUGUCACGAUCAGUUUCACUUUCAGUUUCAGAGAUUCUUUGUGCUCGGGUAGAAACAUCACUUGUGAAUAAAAAUACUCUAUA